AUGGAAAAACAAGACCUUAUCUAUUGCCGCUGUAAAGUUCAGGAGAAACUGUUGUUGACGAUGAUUGAUGAGGACAUCAAGCACAACUUCGUGAGUGCUUAUGUCGUGUCCAAGAUAGGGCUGAGCAUAGAGAGAUAUCCAUCUCCUUAUUGGUGGCAAAAUCCGCAAGAAGAACUCCCUUACUUGGUAACGCUUACAUAUUCAAUUUGUUAUGAUGUUUUGCCUCUGCAAAGCGUCCAUAUGGUGCUAGGGCAGCCUUGGACAGACGAACGCCAGGUUGCAGUAACAGGAGCAGGCCCUAAAGCUUGA